AUGUGUAUACUGAAGAAAUAUCUCUUUAGGAUGGAUAAAUUUCUAUUCAAUGAAGUCAAUAGGUUGGCUAAUACUAAACUUUUAGGUGUGGCUACUCAGCAAAAUAUUACCAGAUUAGAUUAUUUACAUAACUUUUUAACAGCCAUAUCUUAUUGUGCUCCACCAUUAGAAAAGGAGGAUGGUUUUAUUGGAAUUAAGAAACAGAAAACAAUUAUAACAUGGUUUUUUUUCUUUAAUUGUGGGCAUUUAAAGGAUGAAAGAGCUGCUGAAAGAUUUGUUCUCUACUGUUUAUGGAAAUCCAUUAAAGACAAACAAAAAGCAACUACCAUCGAUGAUUCUUUUAUCAUCAACAAUGAUUUAUCACCAACAGGUACUAAUGGAGAUGAUAGUCCUAUAACUGAAACACCAAAGAGAAAGCAUGACAAUAGACAACCUUCUUCAAUUAAGAAACUUGAAAGCUAUCUAUUACAGAGCGAAGAUUGUGAUUUGUUUUUAACAAAUAUUCCUGAAAAUUUAAAACAGUAUGCCAAAGGUAUUAUUCUUUCCAGUGAUUGGAGUUUUUUCCACAGAGUUCUGGCAGUGUGGAGAAUUGUAAAUGAGGAUGAUACUAUUUUAAAUAAGUAUGGUAAACAACAUCUCUUACGGUAUGCUACAAAAUUCAUGAAUGAUGAUGAUGAAGAUAUUUCAAAUACCAAAAAAGAAUUCUACAUAUUGAGACAAAUUGUCUACUUGAUAACAGAUCCACCCUCUCAGAGUUUAUUUAAAAUCACUUUAGAAUCAUUUGGUGAAACUGUAAAAGAAAGAGGAUUGAUUCACCGAUUGUAUGAUGGUGCAGAUGAAAGAAGCAAGGUUUUACAAAUAGAAAAUCAAUAUUAUAUUAAUGCAAAGCUUAUGAGUUCUGAAUAUGCACGCAUGGUGUUGGAAUGUAUGAAAAAAUAUAACUAUCAUUUCAAAAACAGUAGUUUAUUUAGUGAUAAGAGUUUAUUGCAAGAUCUAUUUUACAAUGAUCCAUUUAAUAAUGAAUCUAUAGUUUCUAAUAAUUUGAUAUAUGAUACUAGUCUUGAUGAUGGAAGAUCCAUUAGUAACAACUUAAAUAGUGGAAGCAAUUUACCUCUUCAGUAUUACUGUACAAUCAUUCACCCAGGUCAUAGAGAUGGUGAUUUUGAAAAGUAUAACGAAGUGAAAAACAAGUUACAGUCUGUUUCACCUCAAUUUGAAUUCAAUUACAUUUAUGUUGCUCAGUGGAUUGGAGAUACAAAUACAUUUGCUAACUUCUAUCUUUUUUUCAAGCCCAGCAUUAAACAGUUAUAUACAAUGUUGAAGAUUUCUUGCAGUGAAUGGGAGAAAAAGUAUGGUUCUUGUUAUAGAGGUAUCAAAGACAU